AUUUUACGACAUCACACCGCUUGCCGUAAACCUUGCAAUGAAUUCAGCGCGAAGUGUCAUUUUUCCAACAAAAAAUAUAGGCAAAUAAAUACAAAUUUAGGCAUUUAGACAAUAAAAACAUGACGGAAGAGGUUCCGGACGAUUUGUUUAAAGAUGUCACAUUUUAUAUCGUGGGGGAUAUUUCAGAAAAUGUCAUAGACCUGUUGUCAAAAUAUGGAGGGAAGAGAGACAUUUACCUGAGUGAGAUGGUAAGCCAUGUAAUAGCGGAUGAUAUAGAAAACCAUGAAUAUCAGGAGGCAAGAGAGCUGUUUGAACUGCCCUGCGUCAUGAGUGAGUGGGUGCUGAUGUCAGUAAAAUGCAAGAAAAUGUUGGACAAAGACCUGUUUGCUCCGGAGGGGAAGUUGUUUUCUGGUGUUGUAGCAUGCCCAUCAAAGUUAGAAGAAGCAGACUGGUUGUCUCUAUGGGCAAUGAUAGUCUGUAAUGGAGGACGUUGCCAUGGCAACCUGACAGAAAAAUGUACACAUCUUUUGACAGCUAAAGAGGAAGGACCAAAAUAUGAGGAGGCAAUGAAGCAUGACGACACAGUGAAAAUUGUAACUCCAGACUGGGUCAGCGAGUGCAUUAACAAGGGAGAGAAGCAGGAUGAAACUUUCUACCAUCCUAGACUGAUUGUCUACCCUAAACCACCGACACCUCCUAAACCGGAGUCGCCCGUAAAACCGGAACCUAUGGAGGUCACACCUGUCAGCCAAGAAUCACAAAAGUUACAAGUCCCGCCAACAACAUUAGAAAGGCGUUCACCAUCAGAGUCUUCCGGCCAUACAGGCUCGCGUCCAGGUACACCGGGUAGUGCCAGCACAAAAGAGGCAUUAGCUAAAUUAGUAAACAAUAGAAUGCAGGAGCCUGCAGGACCCAGACAGCCACACUCCCAGUCUACAUACAUGGGCCAGUUUCCAACCAUACCAGCUCAGCAGAUGGCCUUCAGACAUGGCCUACAUCCUCAAAGACCACCACAAGCUCAUGGAUUCCCUAUGCACAUGGGAGGCCCUGGACAGCCACAUUUUCCUGGUCAAGGUCAUCCUCAAGGUCAUCCACAAGGUCAUCCAGCUCACCAGCAAAUGUCUCAAGGUCGUCUUCCACACCCUCAAGUUCCUCCACAAGGUCAUCCUCAGCACCGUCCAGGUCACCCUCAGCACCCUCAAGGGCAAGGCCAUCUACAGCAUCCGCAAGGACUUCCACAGCCUCCUCAGGCACAUCAUCAUCCUCAGGGUCCGCAAGGUCCCCGGGGUCAUGCUGGUAUUCCCCCAGCACAUUCUAUGCCAUCACAUCAUCCCCAACAACAACAACAGCAGCAACAUCCACAACAGCAGACCAAGUUACGGAAUAUCACAAACAACAUAGAUGUACACAAACAACAUGGGAAACAGUCUCAACAACAGAAAGGUGGUUUACCAGGGCAGCUUAACAGACCGCCACCACCUCAAUACUUCCAGCAACAGCCAUGGCCUCAGUACUGGGGUCAUGACCCGUCAGAUAAUAUUCCACCAGACAUGUGUUUGCUAGGCUGUAUAUUUUAUAUUAAUGAUUAUCCAAAGACAUUAAACAUGGAGGAAAUUUCUGUGUGGAAAAAGGUGAUAGAGCAACAUGGAGGUCAGGUAGACCCAUCCUAUUCUAAUAGAGUAACCCAUGUGAUCUGUGCCAACCAAAAAAGUGAUGUCUUUAAUCUGGCUCUGCGGGAUCAGCGUCGGAUAGUUACACCAUUCUGGUUGAAUGACGUUCUAGUGAAGAAAAAGAUGUUACCGCCAUGGCAGGCACUACAUUUACCAUUACUAUACAGUGAAGUGGGACACAGGCCUUGUAGUAAUCAGGUAGGGGUAUUACUAGAAUUAGGGACAUCUUCAUCAGUUUUACAUACCAUGUGUUUUAUUUUCUCACAGAAAGUUCCAGCAAUGCGGAAGAAGUACGCUGGACAGGAGAAUAUUCCAGUUAAUACGCCACCCAUUAAAAAACAAAAAUUAGAUAAUGACAAGAAAAUAGAUUUUAAUCAACCCGGUCCUAGAGUACUAUUUACUGGCUUCCAGAAAGGAUUUUGUAAACAGCUUCAAAAUUGGGAAGUUUUGGGGGCAUGUCGUAAAAAUCCAGCAUUUUACUCACCCGUUGCUCAAGCUUUCUCCAGGACGAUGAAAUUCUUCAUUGGUAUCAACAGAUGUCAUCAUAUCGUGAACAAACAGUGGAUUGAAGACAGCUAUCAGCAACAUACGUUUCUCAAUGAGACGACCUAUGCACUACAUGAUCCAGCUGGUGAAGCCGAGAUGAAAUGUUCUUUACUAGAGUCCUUAAAAAAAGCCAGAACAAGACCUUUGUUUUCUGGCAUGACAUUUUAUGUGACCCCAAGUGUUCAACCACCAAUAAGUGAUCUCAGGAAGGUGAUUGAAAGUGCAGGUGGAACUAUAUUAAAGACAGGUCUACCAACGAAAGCUAUAGAAAACCUCAAAGAUGAUCAGGGUAAACCAACCUAUGUUGUGAUCACUUGUUCGGAUGACAUUCACAUUGUGGAAGAUGUAAUUAACAACAAUAUCAAGGUAUAUACAGCCGAGUUUGUACUAACUGGUGUGAUGAGACAGGAAAAAGAUUUUGGACAGUUUCAAAUUAGUCUUGAAAGAUGACCUCAUUUAUGAUUAGCGAUGAUGCUAUAGACACAAAGUGAUGAUGUCAUCAGCAUAAAGUGAUGAUGUUUGUAAAGUGUUAUAGACACAAUGUGAUGAUGUCAACAACAAAAUGUUAUGAUGUUAUAGACACAAAGUGAUGAUGUCAUCAGCAUAAAGUGAUGAUGUUAAGUGUUAUAGACACAAUGUGAUGAUGUCAUCAACAAAAAUGUAAUGAUGUUUUAGACAGAAAGUGAUGAUGUCAUCAGCAUAAAGUGAUACUGUUAAGUGUUAUAGACACAAUGUGAUGAUGUCAUAAACAAAGUGUAAAGAUGUUAUAGACAGAAAGUGAUGAUGCUAUACUACACACAAAGUGCUGAUAUCAUAAAUCUAAUGAUGAUGUAAUACACACAAAGUGAUGAAGUCACAUAAAAAUGUGUAAAUGUCUACAUCAUGAAUGGUACAAUUAUGAUUUGCAAUAACUGCACCAUAGAAGUGAUAGGUUUUUUAUGGCAUGAAGAAUGUCAUAUGGCAAAAAGGAAGGUUGUAACUCUUCCAAACAGUGCAUCUUUUCAGAAUUUUACCCAAACACACUAUAAGCAAGUGCCAUGCUUUGUUAUAGGGCAGGUACCUGUAAACAAAAGUAUAUUUUGUUAGGAAUUUUUCUUCUUGAAAUUAGCUUAUUGGAUUAUGUUACAUAAAUGUGCUCUUUCUUUAUCUAUGUAAGUGUCAGUAUAAGUCUUAGUGGACCUUUAAAUAGUAAAAUAUUCAUGAUAUCAGUGGUCCGACAAAAAAAAAAAAGUGACCACCUAUUCAGGAACAACUAUGUUUUUAUGGGACUGCUAAAAUUUAGUUGUGUAUUACAAAGAGGAAGAUUUUUACAAAACAUGCUUUAUU